CUGGUCACGUGGUAAGAGGAGGACGUCAAUAAUGUUGUUGUUGGUGGCGGCGGAGAGGAGAAGGGACGGGGGAACGGGAGUGUGGCGGACUGUAAAUAUGGUCGUAGUGAAACCCUAGGAGGUGAGUCGCGGCCAGGUUGUGGAAAUUUCAUGCUACAGCCACGCUCGAGACGUUGCGAGCCGCGAUGGGAGCCGGAGUUGGGAGGAAGACACCUCCGCACUAAAACACGUUCCAGGAGGACCCGCCGACAUCCACGGUAACCGUGGAGUGAGAGAAAGCCCGUGCGUGCGUGCGUGCAUGCGUGACUUCCCCGCUAAUUUCCUUCUAUUGCUCAUCGAGAAACGUUGACAGAGGAGGAGGUUUAAUUCAUCAGUUUGUUUGUCUGUCCUUGAUCUGUCCUGCAACACAUGGCUGACUCAGAGGACCCCCUAUAACACUCACCCACACAGACUUGAAGGACCAGAAGGCAGAGACCAGAAUCAGCCUCCAUGAAUUCAUCACACUCUUCAGUGGUGGAGGUGAAAAGCAGCCUCCCAUCAGGCAUGCAGAGCUCAAUUGGAGGAGCAAGUGAACAGCGAGUAGCAGGUGGAGAAGGUUCAGAAGAAGGCUCAAGUGGUGGAGCAGGCCCUGUGGACCUGCGGACUGAGCCCAGGUUGGGAACUUUGUCUGUUGGAACUGCAGGAGUGGAUACCAGCUUGAGAGAGCAGCAGCUUCAACAUGAACUAGUGCUACUUAAACAGCAGCAAGAACUCCAGAAACAACUGCUAUUUGCUGAAUUCCAGAAAAAACAUGACGUACUAACCAGACAACAUGAAGUCCAGCUACAGGAACACCUAAAGCAACAACAGGAGCUGUUAGCAGCAAAACGACAGCAAGAGUUGGAGCAGAAGCGAAAACUCGAACAGCAAAGACACGAAGAGCAAGAGAAACAACGACUGGAGCAACAGCUGCUUCUACUUCGGAAUAAGGAGAAAAGCAAAGAGAGUGCCAUUGCCAGUACUGAGGUGAAGUUGAAACUGCAGGAAUUCCUUCUCAAUAAGAAGGAGCCUGCUAUCGGUGGACUAAAUCAUUCCUUCUCCUCAAAGUGCUGGGGAGGCCAGAACACUUCCCUGGAGCAAAAUUCUCCACCUCAGAGUAACACUCCAGGAACUCCUCCGUCUUAUAAACUUCCAUUACUCGGUAACUACGAGGGCAAGGAUGAUUUUCCACUCCGCAAGACAGUGUCAGAGCCUAAUCUGAAGGUGCGUUCAAGGUUGAAACAAAAAGUAGCUGAGAGGCGAAGCUCUCCACUCCUCAGAAGGAAAGAUGGGACAGUCAUCAGCACCUUCAAGAAAAGAGCCAUUGAGAUUUCAGGUUGCAUACAUGAUACCGUGAAAGAUUGUACUGUCUCCCCUCUCUGUAAUAGCGCUCCAGGUUCAGGGCCCAGUAGUCCCAACAGUUCUAAUUCAGCUAUUGCUAAUGGCAACACUGGAUCUGUCCCCAAUAUACAGACUGAGCUUCGCUCCCUUCAUCAGACGCUAGGGGCUGAUGGGACAUUGAGCCCGCUAAGUCUGUACACAUCGCCAUCUCUGCCCAAUAUCUCGUUAGGGCUCCCUGCUAACACACACAUUACGGCCUCCCAGAAGAUGUCAAGUCAACAGGAGGCAGAGCGUCAAGCCAUUCAGUCACUCCGAGCGGGUGGAGCUCUAACUGGGAAGUUUCUCUCCACAUCCUCCCUCCCUGCAGGAGUUGGACAUGAUUUAGAGACUCAGCCUCCUAGCUCACACUCUGCACAUUCUUCAUUAUUACAACAUGUGUUACUACUGGAGCAGGCCAGACAACAAACUGCUAUGCUAUCUGUUCCCAUGUACAGCCAGUCGCCACUGGUUACAGCAGAGAGAGGUUUGUCCAGCGGCCUACGAUCAGUCAACAAGCUGCCUCGCCAUCGGCCUCUAGCUCGUACCCAGAGUGCACCUUUGCCCCAGUCGCCCCAGGCCCUCCAGCAGCUGGUAGUUCAGCAGCAACAUCAGCACUUUCUGGAGAAACAUUACAAGAUGCUUUCAAAGGGCUCAGACCUACCCAGACCACCUCCCACCCAUCCAGAGGAGACAGAAGAGGAGCUUACAGAGACCAACGACAUGCAGGAGGAUGAUGUAGGGACAAGCAUUCAGAGACUUCAGACGGAGGGGUCAGAUGACUGCACAAUCACCUCAGAACGACACAGUGUGCAUCCAAAGGAUGAAGAACGAGGAGCUGUACAUGUAAAGGGAGAGAGCACAGAAAGUGAACUGGAUGAAGAGGACGAAGAAGAAGAUGUCAUCCAGCUGGGGGACAGCGAGGAAGACGCCAAGAGUAGCUACUCUCAGGCCCUGCAACAUAUGGGUCUAUUCUCCUCCUCGUUGCCUCACAGACCACUGGGAAGAGCACAAUCUUCUCCUGCAGCCACCGUCAACCCUGUCAGACAUCUCUUUACUACAGGCCUUGUUUAUGACAGUUUGAUGUUAAAGCACCAGUGUGUAUGUGGCAAUGCCCACAUCCAUCCAGAGCAUGCUGGGAGAGUGCAGAGCAUCUGGUCCAGGCUACAGGAGACAGGCUUACUGGGCCGCUGUGAGAGAAUUCGUGGGCGUAAAGCAUCCCUGGAUGAGAUCCAGACUGUCCAUUCUGAGUUUCACACUCUGCUCUAUGGAACUAGUCCACUGAAUCGACACAAACUCGACCACAAGAAGCUACUGGGUCCCAUCAGCCAGAAGAUGUAUGCUGUUCUUCCGUGUGGCGGAAUAGGGGUGGACAUUGACACAGUGUGGAAUGAGAUGCACUCGUCUGCAGCUGUCCGCAUGGCAGUUGGCUCUGUUCUUGAGCUGGCCUUCAGAGUGGCAGCUGGGGAACUGAAGAAUGGCUUUGCAGUCGUGCGUCCACCAGGCCAUCAUGCAGAACAAUCCACUGCCAUGGGAUUUUGUUUCUUCAAUUCAGUAGCCAUCACUGCCAAGCUACUCCAGCAUAAACUGGGGGUGGGAAAGAUCCUCAUCAUGGACUGGGACAUUCACCAUGGCAACGGCACGCAGCAGGCCUUCUACAGUGACCCCAAUGUCCUCUACAUCUCGCUCCAUCGCUACGAUGACGGCAACUUUUUUCCCGGUAGCGGAGCACCUGAGGAGGUCGGAUCAGGUCCAGGUGUCGGCUUUAACGUGAACAUAGCGUGGACUGGAGGAGUAGAGCCCCCUAUGGGUGACGUUGAGUACCUCACUGCCUUCAGGAGUGUGGUGAUGCCCAUUGCUCAGCAGUUCAGCCCAGACGUGAUUCUGGUGUCUGCAGGCUUUGAUGCGGUGGAGGGUCAUCAGUCUCCUCUAGGAGGUUACAUUGUCUCUGCCAAAUGUUUUGGUCUGUUAACCCAGCUCCUGAUGGGUUUGGCUGGUGGGCGUGUUAUUAUGGCGCUAGAGGGGGGUCAUGACCUCACCGCCAUCUGUGAUGCAUCAGAAGCUUGCGUCUCUGCUCUGCUUGGAGACCCGAGUGACUCUGCAUUUCAGUGGCCUCAAGAGAAGCCGUGUCCAAAAGCAUGUGCCUCGCUAGAAAGAGUGAUAGAAAUUCAGAGUAAACACUGGUCCUGCCUCCAAACGCUGUCCCCGACGAGCAGCCACUCAGUAUCGGACGGGCCCCUGGGAGCCCAUCGUCAAUCGGACAAGGACGAGGCAGACACAGUUAGCGCCAUGGCCUCUUUAAGUGUUGAUGUAGAGCAGUCAUGUGCGACCGCCACCAUCAAUGAUGCCGGCAGGUCUACAGAAGAACCAAUGGAAGAGGAGCCUGUUUUGUAAAACGGACGCAUAGAUGAAUGCCACCUUAACUUCCUCCUGGCACCUACUCUACUUUCUUAUGGAUUGUGUAUAGGUACACACAGAUUCAUGCAGAGUGGAAAUGUUGUGGAUGACCACAAAUGGCCGCAUACGAAGCGCUCAAAAGGUCAGUUCUCUCCAUGUGAGGAGCAGAGAAAUUGUAAGCAUCUCUAUGGCAACCGGAGGAUAGGCACGUCAUCAUGGACACGCCUCUCGUGUAACGUUGACGCUCCCUGCUCCCCUUACAAGCUGCACAUAUCACCACUGAGUCCCCAUUUUUGGUCACAUCUGUGAGUGAGGGUCGGACAGUGCGGCUCACCGCUGACGGAGCAGGAAGUUGCAAGAUGUACAGAGGAUGAGAAGGAACUAGGUGCCUUUUUGUCCACUCACACACACACAUCCAAUCAGAAACAAGAAAACAGCAACCACCGCAGCACCUCAGCAAACGAACCAGCCAAUAAGGACUGAAGGAACACAGCAAUGCGCACACACUUACUGCUGUUGUUUCACAUGGUCACUUCAUUUUCUUGUUGUUUUCUUCUCAUCUAGUUGCCUUAAUUUGUUAAUGGUAUGUAUGUUGGAGAGGAAGAGGGAGAGAUUGUGACAGUUGGAAACACAUUUAGAAAGGGGGGGGUCCCAGCAAGCUUUAAAGAUGCUUUAUUUAUUCUUUGAACUAUAUGAUGUGUGUCACUUGAAACCACCACCUCGUUCUCCCUUUCUUUUCUUUAGAAAGAAGACUGUGGGAAUGUGGCAUGUGACCACGUGGCCCUCUUUUUUAUUUGUAGGUUGUUGUUUUUUAUUAUUAUUAAUAUUAUUAUUGUUGUACUGGUAUAAGUACGUCCUGUCUUGUUGCCCACAGUUGCAUCACGGUGUCGUUUUUCUAAAUCUGUAUAUAUGUCUAUGUAAAAAAAAAAAAAAAA